AUGAGAAGAAAGAAAGGGAAGCGAAGUCCACGUGAUUUGUCCACCCAACAACACAAAGACCUUGUAGAAGAAGGAGAAAAAUGGAUCAAGAAAACAGCAAAUUCAUGCAUGUUGGUUGCAACUCUGAUCGCUAACGUAGUUUUUGUUGCAGUCUUCACCAUACCGGGCGGCAAUGACAAUAAUAAUAUCAACAGCAGCAACAACACAGGCUCUCCCCUGUUUCUUCACCACAAAUGGUUCACUGUUUUUGGGAUAUCAGAUACAACAGCUUUGAUAUCAUCAUCAACAUCAAUACUGUCAAUCCUCACAUCACGUUGUGCAGAAGAAGAUUUCCUCAUCUGGUUGCCACUAAAGUUGGUAUUUGGACUUGGAACACUCUUCCUAUCAGUAGUUACUAUGGUGUUGGCUUUCCGUGCCACAUUUUUUCUGUUCUAUGCCAAAGAUACAGCUUGGGUUCCAUUGCUUGUUGCUGGAAUGGGUAUUGUUUCUGUUUAUUGUUUUGGUACUUUACAGUUUAGGCUUUGGGCUGAUGCAAUAGCAGCUUUACAACCACUUAUUACUUGUAUUUUAGGAAUUGGAAGGCCAUAUUGUUCUGAUCUAUCACUUAUUUCUCAUUAA